CAGGUUGUUGGCCUUAAUUUAAUUUGAGGUUAUGUUAUGGUUUUGGUUUUUCCUGCAUGUGAAAAUAAGAUAAUUUUAAUUGAAUUUUACUAUUGUAUAAAUAUUGAACAUUGAAGUUACUUACAAUGAAAGCCAAGACCAAUAUUGAAGAUCUCUUUAAGACUUCCAAAGAAAAUAAUACCUAUCUGAAGGUAUGUGCUCCUAUGGUGAGGUACAGCAAAGUUCAGUUCCGCACUCUCGUAAAAAGUUACGGAGUGGACUUGUGUUUCACACCUAUGAUAUUGGCUGAUUCCUUCUGCCAGAAUUCAAAAGCUCGAGUGAGCGAGUUCUCUACGACGAUUAAAGACUCUCCUUUAAUAGUUCAAUUUGCUGCUAACAAUGUGAACGAUUUUGUGGAUGCUACACAGCUGCUGUACCCUUAUGCUGAUGGUGUAGACUUGAACUGCGGAUGCCCUCAGCGAUGGGCUAUGAAAGAUGGCUAUGGCUCAGCUCUUCUCAGUAAACCUGAACUUAUCUGUGAGUUGGUCAAAGGAAUAAAGAGUAAUCUGCCCAACAGCUUCAGUGUAUCUGUGAAGAUCAGGAUUUUGAAAGACUUGAAGAAGACCAUAGAUAUGUGUAGACAAAUGGAGAAGUGUGGUGUGACCUUCUUGACAGUACAUGGCAGAACACCAACACAAAAGAGUGGAGAGGAGAUCAAUGCUGAUGCCUUAGCUGAAGUUUGUAAAUCAGUGGAGGUUCCUAUUAUAGCUAAUGGCGGAGUGAAGACACUAGAAGAUGCUGACAGGAUAUAUGAAAGAGUGAACUGUGCAGGAGUUAUGGCCGCCAGUGGUCUGCUGACAAACCCGGCAUUGUUUAGUGGUAUCAAUACAACACCACUUGACUGUGUGCGACAGUGGAUGGCACUGCGAGACCGACAUCCUGAUAGAAUAUCAUUCCAAGUUUAUCAUCAUCAUCUAGUGUUUAUGUUGGAGAAAAUUAUGGCAAAGCAACAAAAACCUAUAUUUAACCUUCUAAAGACAAUUGACAGCAUUGACGAAUUUUUGUAUGAUAAUAUUUUAGAUAAAAGGGACAGUGGAAAUAUUGAUUUAAGUUGUGAUGAAUUUGUUGAAUGUGUGUUUGAUGAUGCUAUUGUUAGUAGACAUGUGGGGAAAUGUAGAGGGUGCAGCAAAAGUCUGUAUUAUUGUAUUUGUUCAGAUAAAUAUGAUGCCAGCAAUACUGAUGGCUCAUUCUUCACAUCACAUGUGAAGAAAACUGCAUGUGACCUGGAUUAUAUGGAUAGUGUUGGUAAUAUGUUUGGAGAAUAUUAGUUAUAAGAAAUCGA